CCAGUCUCAGGUUUUUUGCGUUUUCUCGUGGCCGAAUCAUGGCGGGUAAGGAAGUCAGCAUCGACGCCCCCCAGGCGCAGUACCGUGUCAGCAACGAAGAGUGCCAGUUCUCCCAGCUCCUCCACGACAAGGCUGGUGACGGCAAGGUGUCCGUCGAUGACGCCAUAUCGGCCUACCGCCAGCUGAACACUUCCACGAGCCGCACCUUUAAGGCCCCUCUGAUCGCUCUGUGCGCCAUCGGGUACCUCGUGACGGUGGCCAUCCUGUUCUCGCUGGUCAUCGCAUCGAACGAGCUGACCAAGGUGGGGCUGAUGUUGGAUUGGAAGGGAGGAGACGGUAAAAUGGCGUGUCUCGUGUCUCUUCAUGAUGCAGGACCUGUCUGUGGGCCCUCAGGGGAGGCUGAUGCGCGCCUUUGGUGGCGGCUGGUUCGGCGGCAAGGCCGACCCAGAGCCAGUGAGGACCAUUGAUAUCCAAAGAAAAUGCGCAAGAAACACGCAGCCAGCCGGUGCAUGUUUGUGUCGGUUUUUCGCUUGUGCUGGUGCAGGUGAGCACGAAGGAAGCCUAUGACGAGUUGGAGAUGUUUGAUUUCCUCGAGAUGCCGCUGGCGGACCUCUACAAGGCGGAGUCGCUCUUCCUCACCUUCACGCUCGCCGGAGAGGUGAGUGAGGACACACGGCACAGACACUGCAACCUGGCUCAUUGAUUGAUGCCUGUACGCAUCUUUCAUGUGUGCGUGUACGUAUACGGAUGAAUGAAUGUAUGUGUGUAUGUGUCUAUAUGUGCGUCCGUGCAGCACAUUGAAAAGUUCUACAAGGUCGCCGAGAUCACGCGCAACGUCGACCGCAAACUGGUGGAGAUGCACUUCUUCUCAGGUAGCCGCGACAAGACACGGAGACACACAGGGAAACGGACGUGGACACAUUCGGCUGCUGCAUGUAUGUCUCCUGUCUCUUUGGCUGUCUGGCUGCAGGUGAGAAGCUGGUGAUGAUGCCCCAGGGUGCCAACCUCUACGAGGCUGGCCCCUUGUUCUACAAGAGACCCCUGGCCAUCUUCAAGGUAUGUACCCCAGCCGCUCCACUCAAGCCUCUACCCGCCCCUGUAUGUUUGGUCAGGGCCCAGCGUUUGACGAAGCCCUGUCUGACGAAGACAACUUCCUCGUGCGCGACGUCGACAAUGACAAAGCCAACACCGGUAUACAUAUAUUUGAUGUGACGGAGAGAGGCGAUCAUUAAGUCUCUCCUCUAUGUCUGUCUCUUCUUAUUGCUUUGUGCGUCCGCCUGUGUCUAGAUGAGAAGAGUGACGUAGCUGAGGACCAGUUGGUGCCUGCAGCGGACAGCACUGACGACAGAGCUCUCCAGAGACGAUCGCGGUUCGGCACUGGGGCGGGAUCGGGCAACAUCUACUUCAACAGCGGACGUGUAAGACACACUGCCUGACCUGAUUCAUCCCUGACUCCCACACACGAGCAGAGAGGCAUGGAUGGAUGGAUGGAUAGAUGUUGCCAUUGGGUGUCUCUUUGUGUAUGUGUGGGACCAGAUGUAUGACCGUGGCGGGAUAGUGGAUGUGGGCCGGCGCCAGCGAUUCAAUGCCGUGGCCGUCAGAGGACGAUGCAGUAAGGCACACCGCACACACAUGUGGCAGAGACAAGGACACUGACUUGGUGGUGUUGCCUUUGUGUCUCUGUCUGCAGGAGGCACGCGUUUCCAAUGCAGAGGCUACUGAAGAUGACACACACAUCCACACACAUCCACACAACAGACACGCACACUUUCACUUCCACAGACACUUACUUUGACAGACAGACACACACACACACACAUGGACAUCGUUUUUGUUUAACACACCAGCCAGCGGGACCAGUGCCACAUUCCGCCACAGCAUGCAGGCAUGUUAUGUAUGCAUUACGGGGUCCACACGAGCGUUUUCCAGCUAUUUUUUCGUCCAGUCGAUCUUUUUGCGUCCGAAGGACGCUUAAGGGCAGGCAGGCAGGCAGGCAGACAUCACACGUCAGUCAGCUGAGGAAUGAUGCAUGCAGCGGUGCUUAACGCU